AUGUGUGGACUUGGAUUUAGUUCGAGCACAGAUCAAUUUAAGGCUAUUAGAAUUUUCUCAACAAGGGAAGACAGUAUUUUGCAUGCUGAGACAUAUACGUUUAGAGCUGAGACUAUUAUAUUUAAUGAUAAAGCAACACCAAGAGGCUUUGGAACUGAUACUUGGAGAAGCAUUGGGAUCGUUCCGCAGUAUAAUGAUUGGCGUAAAUAUUGUUGGAGAUCUUUCAAUGCAUUUGUUAAUGGAUCUUUUCAUUGGAUUAUCGAUAUCAACGACGAUUAUGACCGUACAAAUAUUAUUUACUAUUUCAAUUUUGAGAGUGAGCAAUUCAGAACUUUCUUAUUGCCGGUUCCUCCAAUAGAUCAUGUCUAUGGUUAUUGUUAUCAAUAUGCAGAUCUUGGGGUUCUUGGGGACUCCCUCUACUGUUCUUAUUUUAGUUACUUGCCUUGUGAUGAUUGUAUUAAUCUAUGGGUAAUGAAAGAUUAUGGUGUUGAGGAUUCUUGGGCUGAAAUUCUGGUUAUAGAGCACCGUAUGCCUUUCUGGGAACCAAGGGAUUUCAAGGUGAUCAAGUUCUUUGAAAAUAGGAAUAUUCUGUUCUUGGUUGACUACUACCUAUGGUUUUAUGAUGCUGAAAGAAAAUGUUAUGAAAGGGUGGAAGAUGCUGAGGUUAUAUCUUUUCUUUAUGCAAUAUCUCAUACUCCGACCUUCGCUUCUAUUAAAGAUAUCAUGGCCGGAGGGAUCGGAAACUAUCGAAUGAGAGAUGAAGACAAUCGAUCCACUGAAAAAUUAGCCUGCGAUACAUCAAGUAGGAUUACACGCUAG